UUCUCUCUACCUGCAGAAAUUCUUCAUCAGAAGUACCAAGGAUGGCGGAGAUCGAACCAAAUUCAAGUGUAGCAAACAGCAGAAAUGUGACAUCACCAAGCAGACAAGGUCUCAGUGCCAGUAUUGUCGCCUCCAAAAAUGCUUGGCAGUGGGCAUGGCUAGAAAAGGUGACCGUGCUUCCAGCAGCUCGCAACCGCCGGUGACCAGAAGUCCCUGCAAAGUCUGCGGGGCGGAAUCCUCGGGGUUCCACUUCGGAGUGGACACCUGUGAAGGGUGCAAGGGUUUUUUCCGUCGUAGCCAGCUGAAAACGAAGAAUGGAACGUACGAGUAUGAAUCCUACAGAUGUAGCAAGUCCAAAGACUGUGCCAUCAAUGUGGUCACAAGAAACCUAUGUCGCUACUGUAGAUACGCAAAGUGUCUGGCAGUGGGAAUGUCGAAGGAAGGUAUCAGAAUGGGUCGCCAACCCAACUACCUCAAACAUGGGGUGCUGCAACAGCUCCAGUCUCCCUCGUCCGAGGGCAACGGACACAACUUUCCGACCUCCCCGCCCAUUCCUACUUCCCCCAACAUUCCUACCUCCCCCGGGGUGCCCAUGUCUCCCAGCAUCCCCAUCUCGCCGACGUCGUCUACGCACCACUCCCAGCAGCAGCAGCCCUCCCCGGUCGACAACUCCUACUCAAAGGUGUCAUCUUGGGGAGAAACUCAGUCAACCCACUCCAGCAUGCAAUCUCUACCCAGUCCGCACAAGUCCUACCCCCUCAGCCCUCCCCCCUCCACAGUCCACAUGACGCACACAGACAUGAACUACUCCUCCCCCAACGCGGCCGCGACCGUAGCGUACAGUAACGUGAACUCCUUGGCACAACUUCUCCCCACGUCGCCUACUUCUCCCAACAUGGGUCCCAUUCCAACCUCGCACUUUUCUCCCAUGCACAGCAUGCCCACCUCCCCACCUUCUCUCAUGCACCAAGGUCCCCUGCAGAUGCACCCCUCCCCCUCCACCACAGGCCAGCUCAUAUCCACGCCCUACCCAGGCCCCGGACAACAGAUGCAGACAGGGAACAUGGCCAGUCCCAUCCCCUACCCCCCAGUGGAGCACUUCAUCCCCUACGGCCCGGCCUCCGGUGUACCCCCCACCAACGGGGGGCCUGUGGACAUCGCUGAGUUCUUGCCAGUGGAAGACGCCUUCAAGUAUCUCAAUGCUGUAAGAGAACUGCCUGAAGGAGGCAGGAACCUGGCGGAGCAUGAACUUACGGUGGAGAACAUCUGGGAGAAGAUGAUGCUGUCCUUCAAGAGAAAUGUACAUGUCACCACCAAGUUUGCCAAGAAGAUUCCAGGAUUCCGUACUUGCUCGAUCGACGACCAGAUCAGCAUGAUCCAAGGAGCGGCCUUCCCCAUCAACUCCUGCAUACUGGCCCUGGACUACAACCCUGUCACCAAUGAGAUGAACUACUUCAACAUGACGGAGAUGGAGAGGACCGCCAUGCCGCGACUAUUCCCGCCUUUCGCACAACUGCCCGUGAAGCUGCCCGAUAUCUGGAAGAAGAUCCUUGCUCUGAGAAUGAACAAGGCCGAGAUGACGCUGUUCUGUGGCAUCCUUCUCAUGUCCCCAGACACAGCAGGCCUGAAGGACCCAAAAGGUGUUGAGAUGUUACAGGGGAAAUUGUACUCAAUCUUGGAAAAGUAUACUCUAGCUCAGGGAGUGAUAGGUGGAGUGAGUGGGGUGGUACGCUUCCAAGCCAUGCUGCAGGCCAUAAUGGCACUCAAGAAGUUGAACGAGGAGCACGCCGAGAAAACCAGGCAGAUCACCAAGGUCAUGCCGUACCUCAAGAUUCCGCAACUCUUCAGUGAACUCCACAAGGUGUAGAGACCAGGCCCGUGUGUGUCGUCAGGUGGUGCAAGCAGGGCAACUCACACAUACAAGCCAUCUGUCAACGGUGGACGUAUACAAGACAUACAUACAACGCACAAUUUACAUACCUAGGAAAUACAACUAUUAGUAUAUAUAUUGAAAUCUACUUUAUAGGGAAUGGGUUAGUGCAAUCUCUCUCAGGACCACCCAUCCAUGAAUAUUAUUAUAAAAUGGUGAAAAGUGGGGGAGGGGUGGGGGGGUAAGUUGCUAGCCCCUCACUGGGAGGCAUGCAAACAGUAUACAUCUAUGGGCCUUAUCUUACAUACAUGUACAAUGUACAUACAUGCAUGUGACAAGAUAGUUCAGGACCAACCCUAUGCUCAUCAUAAGGGCCAGUGUACCAUUCAGACUGUUUAGGGCAGUUGCUCAACAGUUCUCAAGGGUAACUUGGUAUUUGAACAAUUAAUAAUUAUUACAGUUACCUCUGCACAAAGAUAUCUUCCCCGACUUUUAAGUAUAGUUAUAAUAUAAAGAAGAGAGGCACAGAUUUCUUUCAAAACCAACGGGUAGUUAAAAGUCUCUAGCUCUGCCGUGAAAAAUGUUCUAUCGUACAGACCAUGUCAGUGUUCUAGCCAGCCCGAAAUUUUUUCUCUCAUCUCAAUUUUGUUUUACAUAACAUUAUGUC